GCUGGUUAUCGCGAGAAGAUUUGAACUCGUUUUGGGUGAAUACGAGAGAGAAAGAGGACGACAGCGGGAGGAGCAGUCGAUGUGAGAUAAAUGGAGUUGAUUAGGGGGACGUGGAAGAAAUGAAGUUAGAAAAAUUACGAGACAGUAUAUUGUGGUGGUUUUCUUGACGGGUAUUUUUUUAUUUUUCUUGGGAUAUCUUAUAUUUGUUGCGGUUUUGUAGUCCUGUCUGCGUCGUUCUGGAUUUCUUGAGUUUGGUGAUGAAACGAGUGAUCAGGAGAUGAUUUAUCGGUAUGCACUAUCGAGAUAACAUCAGAGCUUUCCAGUAACUGUAAACCCAGAGGUAAGCCAGGCCUUAAGUGCUGAAACAGCUGAAUGAGAUGUGACCCACAGAGGACACCUAGUAGAAGGACGUUCCGGCAAGUUGGCAACACGCAAGACAUGAGUUUACAGAAGCACCAGCAGAUGGGCUCCGACAGAGACCUGCAAUCUGCCGCCUCAUCAAUCAGCCUGCCUUCAGUCAAGAAGGCACCAAAGAAACGACGCCUUUCACUGGGCUCCCUGUUCCGCCGGAAAAAGGACACCAAGAGGAAGUCACGGGACCUGAACGUGGGAGUGGACGGCAUUGCCAGCAUUGAGAGCAUCCACUCGGAAAUGUGCAAUGAGAAGAACUCUGCCUUCUCCACGGCUGGAGCCGCUUCCGUGAGCGGAGCCGGCAUCGCCCUGGCAGGUGUCGCCACCUCCUCCACAUCUUCCUCCUCCCACAGCAAGCUGAGCGGGGACUUCCUGGAGUGCCCACUGUGCCUUUUGAGACACGCACGAGACCGUUUCCCUGAGAUAAUGACCUGCCACCACCGGUCGUGUGCCGACUGCCUGAGGCAGUACCUGCGCAUCGAGAUCUCAGAGAGCAGGGUGAACAUCAGCUGCCCGGAGUGCUCGGAGCGCUUCAACCCCCACGAUAUCCACUUGAUCCUUAAUGACGACCAGCUCAUGGAGAAGUACGAGGAGUUCAUGCUGCGUCGGUGGCUGGUGGCCGACCCAGACUGCAGAUGGUGUCCUGCGCCGGAUUGCGGGUAUGCAGUGAUAGCAUUCGGCUGUGCCAGCUGUCCAAAAAUUACUUGUGGCCGUGAAGGGUGUGGUACAGAGUUCUGCUACCACUGUAAACAGAUCUGGCAUCCUAAUCAGACUUGUGAUGCUGCUCGUCAGCAGAGGGCACAGAGCCUACGUUUGAGGACAAUCCGUUCUUCAUCUCUCAGUUACAGCCAGGAGUCUGGUGCAGCAGCUGAUGAUAUUAAGCCCUGUCCAAGAUGCGCUGCUUACAUAAUCAAGAUGAAUGAUGGAAGCUGCAAUCAUAUGACAUGCGCGGUGUGUGGCUGUGAGUUCUGCUGGCUCUGUAUGAAAGAGAUCUCUGACUUGCACUAUUUAAGCCCUUCAGGAUGUACAUUUUGGGGCAAGAAGCCUUGGAGUAGGAAAAAGAAGAUUCUGUGGCAACUGGGUACUCUGGUGGGGGCCCCUGUUGGGAUUGCAUUGAUCGCAGGGAUAGCUAUUCCAGCCAUGAUCAUUGGCAUCCCUGUAUAUGUGGGAAGAAAGAUUCACAACCGCUAUGAAGGAAAGGAUAUUUCAAAACACAAGAGGAAUCUGGCAAUUGCUGGUGGCGUCACUUUGUCUGUAAUAGUUUCUCCAGUGGUUGCGGCAGUAACUGUAGGAAUUGGAGUUCCCAUCAUGCUGGCCUAUGUCUAUGGAGUUGUUCCCAUUUCCCUGUGCCGCAGUGGAGGCUGCGGGGUUUCAGCAGGCAACGGGAAAGGAGUGCGGAUAGAAUUCGACGAAGAAAAUGAUGUCAAUGUGGGAGGUGGAAAUGCUGCCACUGAUACUACGUCUGUAGCAGAAGCCCGUAACAACCCCAGUAUUGGCGAAGGCAGUGUGGGAGGGAUGACUGGGAGCCUGAGUGCCAGCGGCAGCCACUUGGACCGGAUUGGAGCAAUACGGGAUAACCUGAGUGAAACUGCCAGCACUAUGGCACUGGCUGGGGCCAGCAUCACAGGCAGCCUUUCUGGAAGUGCCAUGGUCAACUGCUUUAACAGGUUGGAGGUGCAGGCGGAUGUACAGAAAGAACGCUACAGUCUGAGUGGUGAAUCGGGCACAGUUAGUCUGGGGACAAUCAGUGACAAUGCAAGUACCAAGGCAAUGGCUGGAUCCAUUCUCAACUCCUACAAUCCUGUGGACAGAGAUGGAAACAGUAUGGAAGUGCAAGUGGACAUUGAAUCAAAGCCUGUUAAAUUCCGACACCACAGUGGGAGCAGCAGUGUGGAUGAUGGCAGCAAUCUGGGCCGUAGCAAUGCUGUUUGCACAUCCUCAUGCCUACCGGAAAACAAGUGCAGUGCCACCAAGUGGUCCAAGGAUACAACUGCGGGGAAGAAAUGCAAAGGCAAGCUACGAAAAAAGGGUAGUACAAAGAUAAAUGAGACCAGAGAAGACAUGGAUGCUCAGCUUCUCGAACAGCGGAGCACCAACUCGAGUGAAUUUGACUCUCCUUCCCUGAGCGACAGCAUCCCCUCCGUAGCAGAUUCACAUUCAAGCCACUUCUCAGAGUUCAGCUGCUCUGAUAUGGAGAGUAUGAAAACUUCCUGUAGCCAUGGUUCCAGUGACUACCACACCCGCUUUGCCACAGUCAGUCCCCUUCCUGAGGUGGAGAAUGAUCGCUUGGAAAACUGCCCUAUUCCUGUAUCCACUGCGCCCCUACAGAGUUCAGAGGUCACACAGUUAGGCUAUAUAGCGGAGGAGAACGUCAGCAUUGUGAACUCGACCGAUGUGAACUUUAAAUCGGGGGAAUCUUUAAAGGAAACCAAUAACAACCAUCACCAGCCACCCAGUGUAGUGAAGAACACAUGUAUUCAGACUGAAAUCUAAUACCUUAAGUGCUACAAAUACUGUUCUAUUUGAACUUGUCAUUCACUUCCCCAGCUAACAAAAGAGGUUAUUCACAUGAUAGGAGCUGGUGUUUAUUUUUGACCAGCCUUGGGAUCAUUUUUGAAAGCUAGAUUCAAUCUAAAUGUCUAGGUAAAGGGGUAGCAUACUAAUAUAGAUCAAGGUUCUAAUGGCAAAUUUCUAAUGAAAGCAAAAGUGAUGCAGGAUUGGAAAAAUAGUUCAGAUGUAUACUGAUUCUUGUUUGUUUUUUAAACUACCCAAAUGUUGCUGGAAAUGUGUUUCUUCACACAGCAUUAAAACAUUGCAUCCCAGGAACAGUAAAGUAACGACUGCCACUCUGAGGAGUGACCGACCUGGUUACCUGUCCUCCUCCUUUUCUCGUCUUGUUUAGUUGUUGGUCUAUAGACCCUAGCGUUGUUAAUGUGGUUUAGCAUUCUGUUUUGUGGUUUGAGAAGACAACCACUGUGCCACUCUUUUAUAUAUGUCCAAUCAAACUCAUGGGUGGGAUAGCACCACAGACAGUCGGAGUUAAAACCCUGCAGAAGCCAAAAUAGGUCUAGGUUUAACUUGAUAGGGACCAGGCAGUUGUAAAGGAUCUGGAUUCACAUCUCAUAUUUCUGAAACUGUGGCUAAAAUGUGUACAUUGUCUGUGAAAGGGGUGUGUACUACAAGUUGUAACUGGGAGGGAGCCUGCAGUGACGGGAUUGGUGCUACUCACUUUGUAGAGUAAUAGGACUCUGUUAAACUCCCUUUAAUUGCAAUGGAACUGUGUACUAUUAAUUGAUUUCAAAGGUGUGUUUUUUUUUUGUUGUUUUUUCAGCAGAUAAAUCCACCUCACAGAUUUAAAAUUGACUUUAUCUUUGACUCAUGGUGCCUUUUGAAACAACCUUUUUUUUCCCCCUAUUUCUUCAUGUCUUCAAAAGUUAAAUGUUUAGCAGAAUGUCUUUCUGGCCAUGGUAAGAAAGAUGCUAUAGUUAGUCCUGUACCGUGAUAGACCUAAUGCGUAAAUUACUUUUAAUUGCCUACCAAAGACAGCACUCAGGCUUUAGAUGACCCUUAUUAACAUAACACUUACUGUAAGAGGUCUAUUUUGUAACACAUGCCCAACUGUGGUAUAUUGUAGACUAAAUGCACAAACCUUACUUGGGGAUCACAUGAGAAGAAUGAGGAGUAUAUAAAUAGCUGUUUUGUAUAUGCUUAAUGAUACGAACGCAAAUAAUACAAGCCAGAGAUGGCCUAGGCACCUUCACUGUUAAUUUCACUACAUUAAUGUACUGCAUUGCAAAAUCAUAUUGGGAAUACAUUGUAUUUUAUUUAAAUUUUUAUAUAUAUAUAUAAUAUAUAUAUAUAUAUAUAUAUAUAUAUAUAAAUUAGUGUGCUCAAUUAUUUUACCCCCCAAAAUGUUUUUCUCUACCCAAUUUGGAAUGUCCAGUUUUUUUUUUUCUUCCCCUUACCGCAACAAUUCCCCACACAGCUCGGGAGAUCCAAAGGUUCAGUGGGCAUCCUCCACGACCAAGCCAGCUUUCACUUUUUUACACCCAGGACCUGGGAUGCAGAUGUCAAUGAGCUACUGGCCUCUGGAGGACAAAGGCCAGGUGUCUGCUGUGAGCUACCUGGGCGCCUGACCAGCAGGGUUCGCUGUUACGCCAUUGAGAAGCAAUCCUUGCUGUUUUUUCCUCCCUAACCCACUGGACCACCAGAGCCAAUGCGACGCUCCCUUUGGAAUCCCCAGCAAAGAUUGGUGAAUGCGCACACCCAGGACGCGAACCUGAUAUUGGGAAUAAAUUUGAAUGCCAAAACUGGGUUUUGUUCUAGUUUUGUUUCUUGUUAAUGGCAACAUCAAAGUUAGUGCUGCUGAAAGUUAAUUCUUGACUGAUAAAUGCCACAGCUGCAGACUUUGUGUCUCCCAUUUCUUUACUAUGAUUUGAAAACUAAUGCCAGGUUAUAUUUCAGAUUUGUUGCAGAAAGGCUUAAGGUGUAUUUGUAAAUGUGUUUGCUAAUUUUGCUUUAUAAUAUGCGUGUAAAAUGCAUAUCUGAAAAUUAAAAAUCUAAAGAUGGCUA